UCGAGAGUGGGGGCGAAAGUGGGAAACACUCCCCGCCUCCACUCGCCCCUUCCUUCUCUCAACCCCGAUAACAUCUCUCUCCCUCCUCUCUCUUCGCGAGCACUUCCGAACGCUCCCUCGCUCACUGCCGUUGAAUCCGAGGCACAAUCUCGGAUUCAUCUCCUCCCCGAAGCAGUUUCUUGGGCGCAGUCAUGGCGGGACUAGCAGCAGAAGGAACACAAUUUGAUGCUCGUCAAUAUGAUGCCAAAAUGAAUGAGCUGCUGUCAGGUGAUAGUCAGGAAUUCUUCACGUCAUAUGAUGAGGUUCACGAGAGUUUUGAUGAUAUGGGGCUUCAAGAAAAUCUCCUGAGAGGCAUUUACGCUUACGGUUUUGAGAAACCUUCUGCGAUUCAGCAAAGGGGAAUUGUUCCGUUCUGCAAGGGACUUGAUGUUAUUCAGCAAGCACAGUCAGGAACUGGAAAGACGGCGACUUUCUGUUCUGGGAUUCUACAACAGCUUGAUUAUGGCUUGGUUGAAUGUCAAGCUUUGGUUUUAGCUCCGACUAGAGAGCUGGCUCAGCAGAUUGAAAAGGUCAUGCGAGCGCUUGGAGACUACUUAGGUGUGAAAGUUCAUGCCUGUGUGGGAGGAACCAGUGUUCGUGAGGAUCAGCGGAUUCUGUCAAGUGGAGUCCAUGUUGUUGUUGGUACACCUGGUCGUGUUUUUGACAUGCUACGGAGGCAAUCCCUUCGUCCUGAUCAUAUUAGGAUGUUUGUGCUGGAUGAGGCUGAUGAGAUGCUUUCACGUGGUUUCAAGGACCAGAUCUACGACAUCUUCCAGCUUCUCCCUCCUAAAAUCCAGGUCGGGGUCUUCUCUGCAACAAUGCCGCCCGAGGCCCUGGAGAUCACGCGUAAGUUCAUGAACAAGCCCGUGAGGAUCCUUGUCAAGCGCGAUGAGCUGACCCUUGAGGGCAUCAAGCAGUUCUAUGUCAAUGUCGAAAAAGAAGAAUGGAAAUUGGAGACCCUCUGCGACCUCUAUGAAACCCUGGCCAUCACCCAGAGUGUCAUAUUCGUAAAUACCCGUCGCAAGGUUGACUGGCUCACUGACAAAAUGAGAAGUAGGGAUCAUACUGUUUCUGCCACUCACGGAGACAUGGACCAGAAUACGAGAGAUAUCAUCAUGCGUGAAUUCCGAUCGGGCUCUUCGCGCGUUCUUAUUACCACCGAUCUUCUUGCUCGAGGUAUUGAUGUGCAGCAGGUCUCGCUCGUCAUAAAUUAUGACUUGCCCACGCAGCCUGAGAACUAUCUUCACCGGAUUGGGCGUAGCGGGCGGUUUGGGAGAAAGGGGGUUGCAAUAAAUUUCGUCACUCAGGAUGAUGAGAGGAUGCUGUUCGAUAUCCAGAGGUUUUAUAAUGCUGUGAUUGAGGAGCUGCCAUCCAAUGUUGCCGACCUGCUCUGAUUGUCUUACCUGUAGAAGGGAAUAUAUGAUAUGUAAUGUGGGAUUUUGCAAUUUCUUGCUUUCUUUUUUUUUUUUCUUUUUUUCUUGUGUGUGUGUUUUUUUUUUAAUAUUUGUUCGGACACCCCAAAAUCUCAUCUGUGAAACUUGAUCUUUGUAGGACUUGCUUUAGCUUUCUCGUUGUUUAAUCUUUGGUUCAGUAUAUGUGGUCUAUAUUUUCU